AUGUCUAAAAUUGACAGUUAUCACGUAAUGAUAGUCUCAAAAUACUUUGUCACUAUCAGAGACUUUAUUAACGUAGAGUUGGUAUGCAAGAAGUUUGGUGGUACUAUGGAAAAGUUUCACUUCAAUCCAAUUCCGUUAAAUUCCAAAACACUUGGAUAUUUCUCAAACAUUGAGACACUUUGUUUAUGGAAUAAAGAAGAUAAUACCUUUGGCAAUAGAUUUAUGAUCAACAAGAUGACAAAUGGAGACAUCGAAGAUAUACCUGUAUUUAAGAAAGCGUUUUAUAAAAUCAUUGUGUGGUUUAAUGUUAAUUUUGAAACUGUUGACCAAAACAAAAGUCGAAACAUCGAGUUUAAAAAUGUGACUUACACUCGAGAUGAUCGAGAGAAAUUUGGUAAUAUCAUACCUUUGAAUGUAACAUCAAUUGGUGAAAAGUGUUUUAAUUGGUGCAGCUAUUUGAGUAGUAUUACGAUACCAUUAGGUGUUACAUCAUUUAGCGAUUGGUGUUUCAGUGGAUGUAGUAGUCUCAGCAGUAUGAUUAUACCAUCAAGUGUCACAUCAAUUGGUUAUCAAUGUUUCAGUUAUUGUAACAGUCUUAAAAGUAUUACAAUACCACCAAGUGUCACAUCAAUUGAUAAUUAUUGUUUUUAUGGAUGUGAUAGUCUCAGUAGUGUUACUAUACCAUCAACUGUGUCAUCAAUUGGUAAUCAUU